UCGCGAGAACAGGAUUAGGAGCCGGCCUGCAACCUGCCGGGGCGGCUCUGGUAACUCGGGCUGCCGGAGUGGCCGUCUAGCUAGACACCUCUGGAGGGGUCCAGUUGAGGAGAAAGCAGAGGUGUUUCCGGCCCCGCCUUUUGCCUAGGGUCUCCGUGGACGCUUAAGGGGCACUACAGGGGUCCCAACUGAGAACUUAGAAGGGUAGAGGAAAAAGAUAUUAUCCAACCCUUAAAAUAUAUUGACCAUAUUUAAGCAGUACAUGAAUGACAUAAAGCUUUGAUUUAGCUCUUAAUGUUGUUACCAGAAAUUGUUUCCAAAGUACAUGACUCACUGAGGACCAUGUAGAAGUCUAAGGUUAUGGGUGCUACAUGUGUGCUUUCAGAGCGGUAGUGUGAGAAAGCUUGAAGUGGGAUGGCAGGACGGCCUCAUCCUUAUGACAGUAACUCCAGUGAUCCAGAGAAUUGGGAUCGGAAAUUGCAUUGUAGACCUCGUAAACUUUAUAAACAUUCAAGCACUCCCUCACGUGUUGCUAAAGGAGUUGUUGAUCACACCAAAAUGAGUCUACAUGGUGCUAGUGGGGGACAUGAAAGAUCAAGAGAUAGACGAAGGUCAAGUGACAGAUCACGAGAUUCAUCUCAUGAAAGAACAGAAUCUCAGCUCACUCCUUGUAUUAGAAAUGUUACUUCUCCUACACGACAGCACCAUGUUGAACGAGAAAAAGAUCACAGCUCCUCCCGUCCAAGUAGUCCUCGUCCUCAAAAGGCUUCUCCAAAUGGUUCCAGUAGCAGUGCUGGGAACAGCAGCAGAAACAGUAGUCAGUCAAGUUCAGACGGUAGCUGUAAGACAUCUGGGGAGAUGGUGUUUGUGUAUGAAAAUGCAAAAGAAGGAGCACGGAAUGUAAGAACGUCAGAACGAGUGACGCUAAUUGUGGAUAACACUAGAUUUGUUGUGGACCCAUCCAUUUUUACUGCACAGCCAAAUACAAUGUUGGGCAGGAUGUUUGGAUCUGGCAGAGAACAUAACUUCACACGUCCCAAUGAGAAGGGGGAGUAUGAGGUGGCAGAGGGAAUUGGCUCCACUGUAUUUCGAGCUAUUCUGGAUUACUAUAAAACAGGAGUAAUCCGCUGUCCUGAUGGCAUAUCUAUUCCUGAACUGAGAGAAGCAUGUGACUAUCUUUGUAUCUCUUUUGAAUAUAGUACUAUUAAAUGUAGAGAUCUCAGUGCCCUAAUGCAUGAGUUAUCAAAUGAUGGUGCUCGUAGACAGUUUGAGUUUUAUCUAGAAGAAAUGAUCCUGCCUCUCAUGGUAGCGAGUGCCCAGAGUGGGGAACGAGAAUGCCACAUAGUGGUGCUUACCGACGAUGACGUGGUGGAUUGGGAUGAAGAGUAUCCACCCCAGAUGGGAGAAGAGUAUUCACAAAUUAUUUAUAGCACAAAAUUAUAUAGAUUUUUCAAGUACAUUGAAAACAGAGAUGUGGCCAAAUCAGUUUUGAAAGAGAGGGGUCUUAAGAAGAUUAGAUUGGGAAUAGAAGGUUAUCCUACCUAUAAAGAGAAAAUAAAGAAAAGGCCUGGGGGCCGCCCAGAAGUGAUUUACAACUACGUCCAAAGACCGUUUAUUCGAAUGUCCUGGGAGAAGGAGGAAGGAAAGAGUCGGCAUGUAGACUUUCAGUGCGUGAAGAGUAAAUCUAUCACCAACCUUGCAGCAGCUGCCGCAGACAUUCCCCAGGACCAGCUGGUGGUCAUGCACCCAACUCCGCAGGUGGACGAGCUGGAUAUUCUCCCCAUCCAUCCCCCUUCCGGCAGCAAUGACCUCGAUCCUGAUGCGCAGAAUCCGAUGCUGUGAUGCUGAUAUUCCUCAAAACCAUUGCAUGCUACUCUUCACAGUGACGUUGCGCUCUCCUCAUUCUGCACUGCAAGGCCACUCUCUUCAUCGUGAGAUGCACAUAACAAUGUUUAGGAUAUUGCAGUGUAGCCUUUUUUAAAGACCAAAGGUAGCUGAAUGGUUUUUUAAAUGAGUACAACUCUAGCAUCCUGAGGUUCCAGUUAUAUAAAUGUAUUUGUUUACCAGUGGGUUUGUGAAAUUGGUUCUUUGUAUGGGGGAACAGUCCUUUUUCACACAUCUAGAUCUUUUCAGAAGUGGUGGAAAUUGGCCACUGGGGUACUUUCAGUCUAGACUGACAUUUGUCACACCUCAGAUAAAAUGCAGAAUAUUACAUAGUUGCACUUUAUAAAUGGUGGUUAAAUGGAAUUGUUCAAGCCAUUUUUAUAGUUGUGAUGCACAAUGUAACUUAAAUAAGUGCUUCUAUCAAAGUAUUCCUUCAGUAAAAUGUGUAUAGUUUACUGCCCGUGAUGAGCAAAAAAUGAGUAUUUAUCAUUGGGCAUGUUUGAAUGAUUAGAAUGAGAUUCAGUGCCCACAUCUUAACAGUCCAGUUAUCUCCAGUGCCGUUUUUGCCCUUUUAGCGUGAGUCACAUGCAGGGAAUGUGAACAUCAUGGGUGGUUUGUUAUCCAGUCUGCCUUACCCUUAACCUGUUCACAGAUAUUUAUUUACUAAUGAUUUUUUUCUUAAGAGUUAUGAGAUAGGAAAAUGAAGUGUUUGCUCUUCAUUUACUAAAUGAUUGUAAACUCGUUUUUCAUCAAAAUAAAAAUCCCAUUGUUUUCAUGUUUCUGA